AUGAAUUGUGAAAGAAUUGUUAAAAUACCAGAAAAACAUAAGAAAAGAUAUCCGAAAUCAUAUAUACCAAUAAUUGUUACAGGAACUUCUUUAAUUGUAUUUACCAUAUUCAUUAUUAUAUCUUUUCCUUUAAUUAAUCUUAAUAAAUUAAAUCAUAAAGAAUAUUUAUAUCUAUCUUCAGAACAAUUAGAAACUCAUAAAUUUGAUAAUUUCAAUGUUCAAAAAAAUAAUUGGAAAGAUAACGUUAUUGAUGUAGCUACAUUUAACUAUGAAGGAAAAUGUAAAGAUUUCUUUCAAUUUAAACCAAAUAAUAAAAGAGAUUUAUUAGUAUAUUCAUUUGGGUUUUUUACAAAAGGAAUUUAUAUGAGACAAAGAACUGCUGCUUUAAAAACACUCUCUAUAACAAGACAAGCUAUUCCUCAUGCAAAGAUUGUUGCUUUAUUAUUAUGGCCAUCACCAACUCCUUUACUGUAUGAUGAUAUGAAAAAAUAUAAUGUAGAAGUAGUUGAUAUGAGUGAUAUACCAUUUGGACAUUUUGUAGUUACUAGAUACAUUGCAUUUACAAGAUAUAUUAAACGAUACCAAAAUGAUUAUGACAGAGUAAUAUUUUCUGAUACUAGAGACGUUGUUAUAUUUAAUGAUAUAUUUGCUACAUUUGGUAUUAAUGAUCUAAUAUGGACAAGCGAAUGUCCAUUUGCAACUAAUUCUACUUCAAAUGAACUGUCAUUAGAUUUUUGUUGUUCUCCAGCAAAUAACCAUAAUCAUUUCCAAUGGUUAGAAUCAUUUUUUGGAGAUGAAAUAACAAGAAAUAGUGUUAUUAAUAAACAAAUUUCAUUAAAUGGUGGAUUUGGAAUGGGUGGAAUGAAAAAAAUGAUAGUCGCAAUGAGUUCUUUUGUAAAAGAAUGA